AUGGGGAAAAAGACCAAGGCCGCCGCCGCCGCCGCUUCCGACUCGGGGGCGUCGAGCCCCCAGGGCUCCGUCGAGGGCGGCGGGGAGAAGGAGGGCAGCUUCCUGCUGGGGCAGCCGACCUGGAAGGACGCCGGCGGCGGGCGGUGGCGGUGCGCCGAGACGGGGCACGAGCUGCCGGAGCGGGAGAAGGACGCGUACGCGCGGUCCCGCGCCUGCCGCCUCGCGCUCAUCGACCACGGCGUCGCGCACAAGAAGCCGCCGCUCAACGCCUUCAAGCCCCACCCCGAGCACAAGUCGAAGCUCGUAUGCAACAUUACUGGGGACACCAUAAACAAGUCGGAGGAGCACAUCUGGAAGCAUGUAAAUGGCAAGAGGUUUCUGAAUAAACUAGAAAAACUUGAAGAAAAGUUGACAUCAGGUGAGACAGCUGAAGUACAAGGUGAACAAUCAAACGAAGUUGCAAAGAAAUCCAAGUCCAGCAAGAAGAAGGACAAGAAGAAAGCUGCUGUUGUCAACCCUUCUUUGCCACGAGAACCUGAACCAGAAAUGGAUGAUUCAGAUGAUCCCGAAUUUUGGGAGCCUCCUGUUGGAUGUCGUUGGGACGAUGAUGAUGGGAAAGACAGAUGGGAAUCCUCUCCGGGGAAGGAUGAUGUUGCAGAGGAUGAAGGUGCAUCUGAUGAUGAGGAUGAUGAUGAUAUGGCCGAGAAAGAUGAUGAAGUGUCGGAGGAACUGACUUCAAGCAGGACAAAGCGAUUGUCAGUAGAAGCUGUUGGACCUAGUAGUUUUGCUACAAGGAAGAAAAAGGCCCGAAAGGACGAGUAAAAGUUUGGUUCCUGAGUCAAAUAUUAUGUUAGUUAUGUUAGAACUUGUUUCCCCUUUCUUCACCUGAAGAGACAAACUCCAUCGUUUAUUUGUUCUUCAUGGGAGACUUGAGGUUGGCUAAUCGAUUGCCGAUUUUGUAUUAUUUAACCUGUAUUUCGUUAGUUUUUUCUGAAUGCCAAUCAUACUGCUGGCUUGCCAUACUUGUAAUGACCAUGUU